CGAACACAGAACGACAUGCAGAGGCGGCCAAAUGUCCGAAUGGCGCCAGAAAGGAUUUGUCCAGGAUUCGGAUGAGGAAGAAGACGAGCUUCAGAUUGAGAGUCAACACUCCAAGCAAGAUACACGCCCACGUGGACGCGUCGAGCGCGUUCUAAAGGCUCAGGAUGGGCAGAAUCCGAAUGAAGAUGCGGUAGCACAAGACCAGAAAGAUGCAGAAAGUAGUGCUGUAGCUUCGGACGAGCCUCUAGUGGCAUUUGGAGGGGAUUUCAUCAGUCAAACACCUACAAGACACACCUCGCCCAAAAGACCCACGCCUUCGCCAUUUACGCCCUCGACGAGACCAACCUUUCAAGACGACCGUUCCGGGAGCCCAGGUUCACUUGAAAGUUCAGCGGAUCUGAAGCCGCGAUCACAGAAGCCAGACUUCUCUUCGCGAUCGCUUCGAUCGCCGACCCUCCAGCGCAUCUCUCAGGAGGAGAUACAACUUCAAGCUCCCGCUGCAAUCCCCUCGCAAAUCCUCGGAGAGACCACAAAACCGGUGCACGAGUUCUCGAGAAGCGGUGAGCUGAAGAAUGUAAAGGCCUCCACCAUCCUGGGCGAGUUUGGAGUUGAGGCUCCUUCAGAUGAUUCGGAGGAUGAGCUGAACCUGGGCCAAGGUUCAGAUGGAGAGUCAAAUCUGUCCGACUAUCCUUCAGAUCUGUCAGAUGGGGAGCCUCGACCGGCAACGGUGUACGCCACGCCUUGCCGACGGACCGCCGUCCAGGUGGUAAUUCCUUCCUCGACAGCUCUACAACAGCAGCUUGCACAGGAGGAAGCAAGACGACGCCAUUUCCGCCAACGAAAGCCAAUCCAGCUGCAUCCAUACGUGCUGGAAGGUGAACGAUACCGCAGAGAAGUACAGAGUCGAGGCCUUAAGCCGGUUCCUCGAGAACGAUCUCCGCAGCGGAGGCAAGGUCAGAACAAUGUCGAAACGCAAGAAGAAGAGUUCGACCCAUUCAGAGACUACUCCAGCAGUCCCCCGGACCCAGAGAUCUUCGUUUCAACACCUGUUACCCAACCAACAAGGAAGGAUGCCCAACCGCAUAGUUCUACUAAACGGCCAAGGUUAGAUCCAUCGCGGCGCAAAUCCCCUGUCACUCAGCUUCGUGUGCCAAAGCCAGUCAAAAGGAGGAGACUGAAUGUGUCUCUGACCCAAGCACUAGCUACACCGGCAGAAACUUCCGAGAGCAGUCCUCUCCCUCUUGAUAUCUGGUCCGUCCCCCCAAAUUCGCCGCCAUGCUCGAGUAGCCCUCCACACAAGGCACAACUACGCAACGUGCUUUCGACAAGCAAUGCUGACAGUCUGCCUACGCCAUCCAACUCUUCAACUUUCCACGAUGAUCCUCAGCUGCUGCCCGAUUCGGACUCAGAUCCCGUUCCUCGCGGCGCUCAAAGAUCCGGCGGAGAGCUGCGUCGUCCGACAAGAAUCGUCCUUAGUGACGAACCGUCGUCAGACUCGGAUGCAGCUGGCAGCGAGUCAGAGCAAGUGGUCGGUGAGCUCCAGAGGGUCAGCAAAAAGAUAAGAGGUGUUCUUCCGGCAUCCUGGCUUCGAAUCGAUCGACAGGCACAGGAACGACGACAAGCACUUGCUCGGCAACGAGCUCGACUGAAUAUUACACUGUCCCCCGAGCCAUCAGAACCCCAGCGAGGUGUAGCACAACGAGUCUCCAGACUACUUGGUCGUCCUGCCGAUCCUGCUAGGCCAACUGCAGCACCAGCAGGCGUUGUGGUCAUUUCAGAUGAGUCCGAUCAGGAAGACGAGCCUUCUGCAUACCGACAAGUCAACAAUGUACAAGACUCAGUCGAAGAUGCAUUGGCCCUGGCUGCGAUGUUUGACGAUCGCUACGCCGACUCUGGUGGCGACCUAGCAAGCAUGGAGCAUGAUCGAUUGCAGCUGCCUACUCUUGGAGGUUCUGGGGCGAAGCGAAGGCGACAGCCAAAGAUCACAGACGCCUUUGGAAAUCCGAAAAGGACAAAGAUCUCGGCCGGCAUUACUAAAGACAGUCGCUUUGCAAAGCCUACGUCUGGCCCUCCUGCACGAAGAAAGCAUGCCGGGCCUAGAAGACCACAUGGUACACCGCCACCAGCUCUCAGUGUGAUGGAUGUUGAGCUGCCUCCAAUUGUGCCCGAGUUCCUCAAGCUUGCUAGGCGCGCCGCACGUCGAGAUGUCAAUCAAGCUCGUCAGAGUCCUCGUCGAAAGCAGAUUCACCUGCAUACCGCCCGAGAUACAGAAGACGCGACCGCUGCCCUUCGGCAGUGGCGACAAGGUCUUUUGAAGCCCAAGGUCAAGCCCACCACCAGUCAACGACAAGGCGACCGUCCACCUUUAGCAGACACAACAGACAAUUGGCAGCAACCUCUGCGGUUGAGUAGUCUUGACAAGCAUGCUAACAAUGAUGUCGACACCGAUCUGGUACCCACGAUAUCGAACCAGCGGUCGCAGGAACGCAAGACUGUGGCCCCUGCACUUCAGAUGCUCCAGAGGGCCUCGACUCUCGUCAGCAAAUCAUCUCGACCGAAGAAGGUAGCACAAGCUUUCAAGGGACCUGAGAAGGUGGUCCAGCGUGGCCCGCUUUCUCUCAGGGCCGCGCAACUGGAGGGCGACGAGAGAAAGUUUGGCAGCAGUCACCGAAAGAUGGCGUUUCAGAAGGGUCUACAGCGUGUCGAACAGCAGUCUGGCAUCCACCAAGCUCCCAAGCAGCCGUUUCUAAAUCCGCAGUUGGCGCGCUUUCUCGCCGAUGAUGAUGCUGUGCUUCCACCUCUACCGACAGCCAAGGACAUUGGGAAGUCACAAAGCGAAAGUCCCAUGGAGGCCAGCGCCAUUAAAAAUGUUCCCAUACCGAGGAAGCGUCUUGUACGCAAGCCCCAGGCCAAGCGACUUGAUGUUGAUGCGCGAGAGUACAGGCAGCCAAGCGAGCCGAUGUUCGACCCUGUUGCUGCUGUACCAGUCUUGGUGUCAACCGAGAGCGUCUCCAUAGAGCAAUACGGAAAUGUGCUGAAAGGACUUGGACCUUUUGGCACGCGAUAUCCUACUACUUUCGACGUUACACCACUGAAAAGUGAUACAUAUUUUCAUUCGGACACUUUCAUAGGCUCCGAAGAUCUGCGACGAGCUUUAUCAAUUGGCAGGCAUGACACUCGAGACUUGGACGAGUCUGCAGGAUACUGCACAGUCUCGCAGGGCUCAACGACCAUUCGAUGUGGACCGUGGAACAACGAGACGUAUUCACGAAUCUACGAGCUGAUGACGACAAUCUUGUUACCUCUAGGCGACAGCGGUGACCAGGAAAACGGCGAAACACCCCUGGUCGAUGUUCUAGUAUCUCUUUCGACAGUCUUGCGGGCGCUGGCAUCGUACUUUACCCGCCACCUUAGCUUCUUAGAUCCGAUCGACCGAAAUGACUUCACAAUCAAGAUGCAACAUCUUCUGCAGAUGGUCUUCGAUCGAGUCUCUACAGCGCAACUCGUUCGACGUGAGGUUCCUUGUUUGCCGGAGCAGGCACGGAGCACUAAUCGCGUGCUGAGUCAUCUGCUUGUCGUCAGUACGCAGGUCCAGCAGAUCGCACAACAUCUUGUGAAUGCCAAUCGCGACAAGGCCAAGCUCUUGGUCACCAUCGAGGACAUCUCUCGACUAACCGUCAAUGGCAUCACUAAAGGAACAGAAGAACUGUAUGACUUCCACGAAAAGAACAAACUCCACAAAGAGCGCGAGAACGGUAUUCAAGGCCAUGACGCCCUUGUUGAGAGCGUCGUCAUCUGUAUGCAUGCUUUAGAGCUGCUCAACAUACCAACCUUGGGCUUUUGGGAUUUGGUCAGCCAAGAACUAUCAUCGCCUCUCUCUUCGGCAAACCAUGUGCGGGUCUUCGAGAACGUUUGGGCAACUGUAUUCUCGCUGUUACCCUUCACCGAGUUUGACUUGUCAGGCAUUCCUGAUCGAACUCGAACCUGGUCUUUCGAUAAGGAUAAUUGGAACUGUCUAUGCGACCUCUUGAAACGGAUCUGUGGGUUUUAUGCUGGCACCUGUGGACAGAACGGCUCAUCAAUCAACGAUUACAUCCGCGUCAAUCUUACCAGGUGCUACGUCCUUAUCAACGAUUGGCACUGGAAGCGUCCCGACCAGAUCCUCAAUGUCAUCUUUGACUUCUUUGGCAAGCAUGGGCUGAAGCCGCUUCGACGCGAGACUGCCACAGGCUCAGUGAACUUCUUGCAAGACUUCGCAGCAGCAAGCGGUCUGACACUCGUACCCAACGAGGCUUCGUUCCACAUCGCACUCAAAUGCCUGGUCACAGGCUUGCAGGGUAUGAAUAAUGCGUACCCGGAAAAAAAGAUACGAAGCUUUGUAUUCAGACGCAUUCCCAACCAUGGCCGUACGUACCCGAAGGAUCAACCACUCGAAGAGGAGAGCUUAGCUGCCCUUCGCAACAACCAUUAUUUACUGUCUGCGCUCUACUGUGCAGCCCCACCCUCCUGUCGUCCGAAGCUGGAUCGCAUCCGAGGCCUCGUAAGCCACGAGACCUCACAUCGCGAAGCGUGUAGAGUCAGCGUACGUGCGUGGGCGAAUUUGACUACUUUCCAGCUGUCAGCAGAUGAACCGUACGGAUCUGCGAAGCCCUUCGCUCUCUGGUACAGAGAUAUCAUGCACGAGACCUUGAAGCAGUACCGACUAGCUAAGACCGAGGCUGAGGAUUACCUCAAAUCAGGAGUUCUUGACGGGACAACCGAGGUGUCUGCGGUCAUGGUACGGCAGACAAUGGAGAGAAAUCAGGAGCAAGUCAUCGCAACGCUGCGUGAUAGUAUCGCAGGCAUGAAGAAGGCCAUUGAGCACGCUAAGGAUCAGACCAGCCUUGCGACUUUCUUGGUUGACUCUGACAUUGUUCAUCUGCUCGAACUUCCACACCUGGAAGAUCACCGACUUCUCAGCGUAAUCAGAGACACUCUAGCAGUCCUUCGACAAUACACAUCUACGCAAAGAGCCCAGAUCAAGCAGCAGGAGAGCCAGCCCAGGAGCGAGGAGAGUCAGGACUACGGUGACUUUCCGGAUCUGGACGACUUGGAUGAUGCUGAGACACUGCAACCUGUUCAGACUGAGGCAAUACCUCGCCCUUCGCGUCUCGACUUCAUACAAGGACCUCUAUGGCACCUGAUGUCCAACGCUUUUGGCGCUGAGUGUCCGCCGGAUGACAACCUCCUCAUGGACUGCGUCGACACAUGGGUCCUUAUUGCUGGCGAUCAGGUUCUGGCCGGUGGAAAGCAAUGGUCGCACUACAUGGACUCGUUCAGCCAGGUGUCCUGGCAACAGCUGCGUCACACCGAGCAGACGAGAAAGUUCGGUCCAUACUUCAUGUCGGCCGUAAUCCCUUGUGACCUUGCUGCUUACGAGGAGCAUCGGCACGAGUUCCUAACAGCUUUGUUGCUAUGUCUGGCUGAUCGAGAAUCCAUGCUCAGAUUCCAGCAUCGACUUCUGGACGCUAUCGUACGGACGGAUGAAGACCACCCCCUGUUGAGGAAUCUUCCGUUCUUUAGAGUCGAACAUGGUGGUCUGGACAUCACGGCCGAUACCCUACGUUCAAGGCGCCUUGCCCUCAUAUCGAGCCUACUCUCAAACAUGCGGGAGGACGUGUACGCUACCUCUGUACAAGAACCGGCGCGCACCUUUGAGGUAAAGAGAAUGUAUGCGGCGAUGCUGAAAGAUUUCAUGGCAAGGCUCAAGAGCAACUACCAACAGCUACAGCAAGCAACCACAGGAACCGGAGCAUAUGUGGAGUUCGUACAGAAGAUUGUUCAGUUCUUGAAGCAGUACGCAGGCGACAUAUGCCCUGUCCUUCCCUUCUUCACAGACUCGGUGGCUUUCCCACUGCCUUCUACAGAUCCCACAUACGUCGUCGGUCGACUGUGCGGAUACGCGCCAAAGGUCAAGGAUUCUGGAACUGCCAAACAACUAUCUGUGUUUAUACAAACUGUGGCGCAGCAAGCCGCCGCCGAUAAUCAACAAGUGUACCUCGUAAAUCAGCUCACGACGGCUCUUUGCACCGACGAAGCGCCUGUCACCGGCCGUGUGGCACUACGGACCGUGCUGCUUCAAGCCAUCUUCCCAGCCUACAUCGAAGGGGCAUUUUCGUCGCGCGCGGGCCACCUUAUCGCCAGACCAAUACUACAGUGCCUGCCUGCUGUGCUGGACGAGAUGGUUUACGAUCUGCGAGUCAAUCAGCACGAUAGUCUGUCCUCGACAGUUCAUAGCAUCGUUUCUGUCGCGCAUGCCUUGAUCCGUAGCACAGAGCAGCUGAAGGGUGACAGCCUGCUUUUACAACAGCCAAGCACACUGACGGGUCUGGCACAUAUGUUCGAAGUUGCUACGUCAAUAUCUCGGCUAUUGGACUACAUUGUGGACAGGACCAUGACCACAGGACGUGGUAAACCUGCACUCAUCACCUAUUUAGAGGAGUUCAGCACGUACAUCACGCAGAUGAUACAAGGUACAGUCCCACACGGCGUGCCUUCAUACCGAGGAGAUGCAGAUGCGGCGCCAUCGAAUGCACAGUACGCAGACAUCUUAGCAUUCUGCAAGAGGGGUCUGCAGAGUAGCCUGGAAACAAAUUGGAGUGAUGACCAGCGCUCCGUUUGUUUCGGCCAGGGCCGCGCAAAGAAGGAAGUCGUGUACGACAUUGGAUCGGCUGAGACUGAGAGGAUGACAUUGAUGGGUACUCUACGAAGGUUUCAUGAUACCAAGAAGCUGAUACCAACUUCCCCGACAUCCCCUCGUCACACCUCCCUCCUUAAAUUCUCCGACGGCCUCCACGACUACGGCACCGAAGGCGACGCCGUGAAAUGGCGUCCUCACGCCGCCGCGUACUUCAAGAAGGGCAAGUUCGCGAGUGACAAGGGCAUCUCGAACACCGAGAAGAUCCGCGAAACAGCGAAAGGCGGGUCUGAGGCCAAGCUCGCAAAGAAGACGGACAAGGAUCCUGGGAGCUGGGACAAGAUGCUGAAGAGCUAUAAGAGGACGCGGGGGGCUGGUGGUAAGAAUCCAAUUGGAGGGACGAAGUACAAUAUUACGAAGAUGAGCAGGAAGGAGAGGGCGAGCCAUGCGUUUGAUAAGAAGGAUCCACUGGCUGAUGUUAGUGAGAAGGAUUUGAAGGAGGGGGAUUUGGAUUUUGCGUAA